AUGAAUGCUUCUACAGUAGCUUAUGCAAAUCGGAAUGCUGAAAUCAAUGGAAUAAAAAACUGCAGAUUUGUCUGUUCAAAAGCAGAAGGUGUUACGGGGUCGCUAUUAAAAGAGUACUUAACAAAAAAACUAGACUCCGGAAUCAAUGAUUCCGAUGUUGGUAUCAAAGGAGAUGAGAAAAAGGAUAUCAAAGAAGUUAUAAAGGAAGAAGAGAAUAAUUCUAUUAAUGAAAACAACAAUAACAAUAAUAAUAAUGAGAAAAAGAUGGAAUAUUUUGAAAAUGUGGUGGCCGUUGUGGAUCCUCCACGUGUUGGACUUCAUCCCACUGUGAUCAAGGCUCUUAGGACUCAUUCACGUUUAAGGAGGCUUGUUUAUAUUUCGUUUAAUCCUAAAAGUUUAAUGGCAAAUGCAAUUGAGCUUUGUACUCCUUCUGAUGAGAGUAAUGAGAAAGGGAAUAAGAACAACAGAGGAUGGAGAAAUAUGAGUAGUGCUGGUUUGGCUCGACAUAAAUCUAUGCCUACUUCUGAACCCUUUAAGCCGGUCAAAGCCAUGGUUGUUGACCUUUUCCCACAUACCCCAUAUUGUGAACUUGUCAUGCUUCUUGAAAGGUAUUGUUUACUUGGUAAAAUACUAAAAUCUGCAGCAAAGUCAAAUUACAUAUCUGCGGGGCAGAUUAACGUGCCCAUUGUUUUUAGGGGACCAAAUGGCCUUGUUGCUGGUGUUGGUGCUCAACAUUCCCAUGUUUCUACGGGAUCUGAAGCAGAAGGCCACCGUUUUCCGAUCACGUUCACUGGAUAUGAAGAAGGCGACAAGAUCUGGUUUCACCGACCGCCGCCAUUGAAUCUGCCGACGACAAGCUCUUAUCAGAAAUCAUGGAGUUAUCACCGUUUCACCGACCGUCGCCGCCGCCUUCGUUAUCUGCUAGGCUCGUGA